UAUUUGUUGUUGAGAGCUGAGUUCAUUCGUCAACGGUGAACGGUGUGCGCUACGCGUAUUCCGUAUGUGUGGCAUAGACUCGAGCCCUUAGUUCCUCGCAGAUAGCGCUUUAUUUUAUUUCGGCUUUUGCUUUAGUUUCGGAGAGUUAGCUUGUUAGCGUUAGCAUCAGCGAUCCGUCGAACAAAACAGCUGUAUAGGUGUAGAGCAAAUCUAAAAUUAGUAGAGUGGUUGGUUGUUAGUUAGUUACUGUUUUAGUUUGAUUGCGCGUCUCACCGAGAGCACCACGUGUAUUUUCUGACUGUGACUUUAUGUGGCUGUCCGCACCGGCUUACAUAUGCGAGAUCGCAAGAGCACCUUUACCAAGGAGUACAUAAAUAAUAUUUUCAACCCUUUGACGCGACCUACAAGACCGACUUCUAGACCAGACAACCACGGCACAGCUCGUGUUGCUGAAGAGCAGCGCGUAGCACUUUCCGAUACCGAAGAACAAGUCAAGAUGCUGAUGCCUAGUGCUGGAAUUACGGCCUCCACUGAGACCGACAGUCUCGUUGGGGGUUUGGGUACUCUGGGGGUCUUGGGGGCUGCGGGGGCUCUCAACGGCUCUGGGGUCCAAAAUAAGGAUACGACAUGGACUAAGCUUUUCGUAGGGGGAUUACCCUAUCACACUAGUGAUAAAUCGCUUAGAGAUCAUUUCGCUGUUUAUGGAGACAUUGAAGAGGCUGUGGUGAUUACCGAUAGACAAACUGGAAAAAGUAGAGGAUAUGGAUUUGUGAUAAUGGGCGAUAGAGCUUCAGCUGAAAGAGCAUGUAAAGACCCAAAUCCUAUUAUAGAUGGAAGAAAAGCGAAUGUAAAUUUAGCAAUAUUAGGAGCUAAACCUAGGGGAAAUGUCCCAACAGGAUUUCCAUUUCAAAGUGUGAGAGCAGGAGCGUACCCAACCCUUCUGCCGAGUCAGUACGGAGUACCGCCAGGCUAUGUUUAUCAAUCACCCUAUUUGACAGCAACGGCUCCCGGCAGCUUAGUUCCCCUCCAAGCUACUCAGUUGACACACGCAGCAGCCGUAGCAGCUGCAGCUACAUCUCAGUUUUACGAAUACCAAAAUGCGGCUGCCGUAGCUGCAGCGGCAGCAGCUCCGUAUACGGGACAGUACGCGAAUGGUUUUGAUGCUUAUACACCCUACGCUUCGUCAGCAGGUGCUGCUAGUUACAUGCCAUACACCUAUGCAGCAUUGCCUCAGACACCGGGGCUGCAAACUGCAACCGCAGGGGCUUUUGCGGGAAUCCCUUAUCAGACAGCUGCUCAGGCGCAAACUCUACAAGAAGCUAGAUUACAAUAACAAAGAUAAUUCAUAAAAUUUGCAUACAAAACGCAAAUUAUUUAGUGAUUACAGUAUAUAAUAGAUAGUGAGAAGAAAAUGUACUUAAAUCAUUUGGUAAUAAUCAUAUCAAUGCUGAAUUAGUAUCUGUUUGAUACAGAUUUUAGUAUCGGAAGAUAUUUUGAUAUGACAAUGCUAUUUUCAUUUUAUAUGGAAAAUAUUUAAAAUUUUUGAUAUUUAACGUAGAUCUGUUGAAGACUGCACCAACUGAAAAUUGCCGAGGAUAAGUUUUGCCUCUUUGAGUGUAGGUGCAAUUUUAAAUAAAUUAAUUUAUUUGUAGUAAAUAAUUCCAGUUUAGUUACCACUUAAUAAAAACGUCAAUGCUCAAUGAAAAAUAACAGACUUCAAAAUUGCUACUACUUUUGCAGAUAGUUUAAUUGUUGUACUGCAAAAGAAGUGCAAUACUUUUUGAAACUAAAUUAAGUAAAUUAUUUCAUUAGUUUUGAAAGUAUAUAGUUCUAGUCUUUUAUUAUCAAUAGUACUUAAAAGUAUAUUUUAUUAGGUAUGUAAAAUUUAUACCAAAAUAUUGACUUCGCGUCACUAAAAAAUGACGCCAGUAUUAAGUUUAAAAGGAUUGACAAUAUAAUUUGAUCUUUUAUUAAUAUUUUGGACAAUCUUGCUCCCUACAGAAAGUCAAAUAAAAUACUUGUAAAAUAUAAAAAAAAAUGUAUAAAGCACAAAAAAAAACAGUUAAUUUACUAGUACCUAUCCAAAGAAAUAUAUGUACAAUACUUAAGUCAUUUACUUUAUGUAAUAUAAAAACAAUGUAUAAUUUGUACCCAUUUUCACUGAUAUUUAUUUCUAUAUGUUAAAUUUUAUUUAUAAUAGAGGUCUCCCUACUACUUUUAAGAUCAUUUUAUACAUUAUAAAUACUUAUUUUCUCUAUUGUAACCAGUUAUCUGCGUAGACAUGUAUACACAAGUAGUAAUGCCCUGUAUAUUUCUCAGCUAGGAACCUACACUACUAGGAAAUAUGCAAGUGAGCUGUUUCACAUUUCUCAAAUAAGUUCAAAGUUUGUUCAGAUAUAUGUCGCACAUAGAUGUUUAAGCACAAUAAAAAUGUACCUUCUGAAAAUAAUUAAAAGUACACAUGUACCUAUAAUAAAAAAAAAUAGUAUAUUAUAAUGUAUUGCUUCGGUAUCCAUGUGAUUGACAAUUGUCAAAAUAUGUGUCCUAUAUCACUGUUAAAUAUUACAUGAGUGUAUAUUUAGAUAUUUAUUUAUAUAAAACUUAUACAAGAAGCUUAAAAGGGCUAGACUUAAAAUAUUCUAAAAUUCAAAUAACCUGUAUACGUAAAUUUAAGACUUUUAAAACGACGUUUGGGUAAACUAAAGGAGGUGCAUAAAAGACUUCUUUCUAGUCAUAAUAUAAAGUUUAUAUUUUGCACAAUCCGUCCAGAGAUUUUGCUUGUGCCUCAUGUGACAAUUUCUAGCCUAUUUGACGUUGAGAUCUUUAAUAUAUCUACUAUGACAAUUAUAAAAAACAAUUAUUGUAGUACCCCUAGUUGAUUGUCUACAUUAUACAAUUAUAAAUUCAGUGUUAAAUGUGGCUUUUCUGCAUGUAUGUACAAAAAAAAGGGAAAAUAUCUACUUUAAAUUAUUGUAAUUUAAAUGAUUACUGUAAAAAACGUUAAUAUUAUCUUUAGCUAGUCGAUUUAAUUAUAUCUCUUUAUAUUUUAAUUAUUUAAAAAUACUAUUUCAAUACUGG